AAAUAUCAUGUAAUUCUGCGCUCAAUCCUGGUCAAGUUUUGGAAGUCUCUUUCUUAUUCUCUUUCCUGCGUUUCUGGGUUUAAAAGAAAAUCUGCGAGGGUAUUGGUUGGUUUUUUGCAAUUGAUUGGAAGAAUAUGCCCCAAGAGCAGCCUUUGCGGAGAAAUUUGUCAAAAAGGCGAUCCUUUAGGUGUGGGGUUGAUAGGGAUGAUAGGGGUUGGACAAUGCUCCAUAUCGGAGCCCGAAAAGGUGAUCUCAAUCAGGUCAAGCAACUUCUCAAUGAAGGAAUGGAUGUAAAUGUUGCUGCAUGGGGCCCCAAAUCCAAAGGGGUGACCCCACUCCAUCUUGCUGCCGAGGGCGGCCACCUUGAAGUUAUGGAUGAACUGCUUGAACGUGGUGCUAAUAUUGAUGCAAGAACUAAAGGCGCUUGUGGUUGGACACCACUUCACACAGCAGCCAAAGAAAGAAAGAAAGAAGCAGUCAAGUUUCUGAUAGAGAAUGGGGCAUUUUUGCCAGAUGACAUCAACGAUAGCAGAUUUAAUCCACCACUCCAUUACUGCCCUGGUCUUGAAUGGGCAUAUGAGGAGAUGAAGCGUCUUCAAAGAGACAACUUAUCAGCAGGGGAGACAUCUUAUAGCUCUGAAAGUCUAUAAUAACAACGGGCUUGUUGCAAUUGUGUUUGGAGUCCAGUGCUUUUAUGUGUUCUCUCAACUGUUGGCUAAAGUAUGCUUUAGCCUGUACUCUAUAUUUGCUGUGUUGAUUUUCAAAAGCCUGUGUGGUUUGCAUAUGAUGCUAAUAAAGUAGUUGACAUGGAUUCGAUGCUUAA